AUGCGAUCCGCGAGCAAGGCCGCCGAGAGCGCGUCCGCACGUCUCUGUUCGGACGCCGAAGCAGAAACCACAGCAACCGAUGCCUCAUCGGUUGCGGAAGCGACUCUGCCUGUGUCACUUGGUGAUGCAGGCGCUGGUCAUGAAGACACUCAUGUCUUCACAGAGUAUGAGCUCGGUGUCUCAUACUCUCCUGAUACGGAAGACGGAUCCGUAUCGACGGCGAGUGAAAGCAAGCCGCCUGCCAACCGUGGCAUGGAUGAUGCUAUGCGCCGCAGCAUCUUUGGUUCAUCUGAUGAAUCAGAUGAACCAUCGCCGAAGCGAAGGCGCUCGAGGUCGCGAGACUCGGGCGCUAACAGUGGUGUCGGUUCUCCUAUGGACACCACUUCGCAACGAGGUGCCAGUCCUUCUGUCGGCACAUCGCAGGAAGAGCGGGACCGCAAUGUCUUGCGUCUCGCUCCCGAGAAGAAGGCAUGGAUGCCUCCUAAAUCCGUCAUGGAUCACUUUUCGGCGACGACGAGUGAUCGUUAUCGAACACGAUUGUUCGAUUCGUCAAGGAUCCAUCACCUUGACCCCAGUGCGAAAAACUAUCGCGCUGAGAAUGAUUUCUUCAUCGAUGCUUUCUUUAAACAUCGAUGGUACAGUGGGAAUCACAAGCGUGAUGGUCCCUCACUACUUCAAGCGUGGAACGCCUACAUCCAUAACCUUGAGGAUGUAGGUCGUGACGUUUGGAACGACAAACUUAUCAAAGCUCGUGAUAAGUUUGAAAAGCGAACCCCGACAGGUGCACGCUACAAGCUGCAUCGUCUGUCAAGUGAGAUGUACGAAGGCAUUGAGAACCUGAAAUCCCUUUACGACCGUGCCGGGAAGACUUUCUCCGGCGGUCCUUCUGCGGCACAAGAUGUGCCGCGUCGUACUGCUCAAACAGACCCAGUACGUCAACCAUCAGUUGGGAGCGGGGCUCCCAAGUAUCCCAGGACGAGGGAAAGCCGCGCCAUCGGACGAGAUAACUUGUUCGACGUCCGUUCACGUCGCGUUGGUUCAACAGCUGCUCAACCAGAUAGCGCUGGUCACCGCGAGAGUCGUCUAAUGGAGGUGGAGGAGGAGGGAAGACGCUCUCCACACAAUCGUGGGGAAGCGUGUGUUCCCGAGAGCUUCUUUGAUCGCGUAACGCAAGGGUUACGCGGCGAUCUCGAACAUGAGCGGGACAGGCGUCUCCAACUGGCGGACACUGUCUCGAAGCAUCGAGCUGAGUUUGCCUUUGCUCAGCUUGAGAACGAGAGAGCUCUGACGUCUCCCACGAGCUAA